AAAUAUGAUAACUUCCACUUUGGCAAUGAACAUAAUAAACUUUUUUUAAAAUAAAAAUUCGUUAAAUUAUUCGAAAUGAAAUGAAUAUCAACCAUUUAACUUUCUUGAUUGUAUAUCUUUGCUGUUUUAUUUUCUGCAGUAAGAUGGAAUCAGCCACGGCGAGAUCGCCUGACUCGCAGCCUUCAUCAGUGUCUAUGAGCGAGCCUGGUGGUGGGUUAGAUUGUAUGUCCGAGAUGUCAUCGCAGAGCGAUCCUCCUUCCGGUGGCGUUCCUGGUCUCAGCGGACCAUCCGCCAUCUUGCACGAGAUACUUCAAACCUAUGAUAGCAGAGUCAGACCAAACUAUGGGGGAGCAGCUACGAAUGUCGCCUGCAGUAUCAACAUCAUCAGUUUGGAUUCCGUCACAGAAAUUACGAUGGAUUUCGGAAUGACCAUCUUAUUGAAAGAAUACUGGAACGACCCAAGACUGGCCUACGGAAAUAAAUCUGACUUGCCCUACCUAGGAUCCGGGAAAGACAUGAUAGAACAGAUCUGGGCUCCGGAUCUAUUUUUCGCCAACGAGAAACAGGCGAAUUAUCAUGACGUCACGCAACCAAACAGGCUCGUUCGCAUCUAUCCAAAUGGGGACGUCUAUUAUAGUAUGAAGUUGACGUUGGUCCUGUCGUGUCGAAUGAAUUUUGAAGCUUUUCCCAUGGACAUGCAACGAUGCAAAACUGUCGUGGAAAGUUAUCAGAGUACAGAUAAUGAAUUAACGCUCGAAUGGAAGGAGCCCGAAGCAGUCGUCCUCAACACAGGCAUUAUGUUGCCUCAGUUCAGUGUUAUACCUGAACUCAGUCAUGGACCUUGCACCGAUCUAUUUUACACCACAGGCAACUAUUCCUGUAUCGAGUUCUCUUUCGUGCUCAUCCGGGAACUCACCUUCUACGUGGUGCAGGCCUACAUGCCUACCGCUCUCCUCGUCAUCAUCUCCUGGGUAUCCUUCUGGAUCGACAUCAGUCAGGCUGCCGCCCGGGUCUCUCUCGGCGUCACUACCAUCCUGACGAUGACCACCACCACGACAGGUUACGCGGGCUUCGCCGGUCUGCCUAAAGUUUCUUAUACGAAGGCUAUCGAUAUUUGGUUUGAUGCUUGUUUAGCUUUCGCCAUAGCCAGCUUAUUUGAAUACUCCGUCGUUCACUAUCUAUGGACAAAGGACAGAACAGAGAGACAAAGACAAAAAGUAUUGAGAAAAAGUAACAAAAAGUUUAAUUUUCCAAGCAGCUGUUUGGGCGCUCAAGAAAACGAGUCUCCCAACCACCAUCAUCGUCACCAGUAUCAUUCGGCCCCGAGUGGUCGAUCUACCGACUACAUCGUCGCCAUCGACGAAAACAAGCCCUACCCGGACCCACGAUUCGCCAAGUACAACUACGGACCGACCUACCGACCCGUCCGAAAUAACCAAUACCGCGCCAACUACGAUGGCGACACCGCCAGAAUGGAUUCUCUCGAUGAGGACGUGGAGAAUGGAGUAUCGUACUCCUCGAACAACCGCAGAGACUGCCACGUCCCAGGAGAAAAAGAACACCCUGUUUUCUUUGGGCUCUUCAAGUCUUCUUCUUCAUCAUCUUCGCCUUCUCAGGGCUCGCAUCGGAGUUCCAAACUGCUGGCACUGCGAAUCGACCAAACGGCUCGCGUCUUCUUCCCCUUGACGUUCCUCCUCCUUUCCGUCGCGUACUGGUCGUAUUAUCUAAACAGGCGUUCAGUGUCUACUUUACAAUGAUGACGUAUGAUAGGUGCGUUUGCUGCUCAAACUUAUAUUAAGCGCUGGCAAAAGUUCCUGGACUAAUGCUUAAGGAUUCGGUCCGAUGGUAUUUAGACCAUUGUGAGCAUAAUAGUACAACCUUUCAAGACGCCUUCUAUCAGAUGUGUUCCAGCACCUGACAGCGCACAUCUCUCCCACAGUCGAGGACAUAGGAACGAUGAUGUUAACAAAAGUUAAUGUUGAUGGCUGUUGUACCCACCAAGAAGUUAUGUGGAAUCGCAAUUGAGAUAUUAUAAUGAAUGAUAACAAGCAUAAAGUGUCAUUAACUGUGGCUAUUGUCUCUCAAAGAGAUACAGAUGAAGGAUGGGAAAGGAUAAUCAAAAUAAUAGUCGACACUACGUAAUGGAAUCAACUGAAUGAUAGGACUUUGGUACUCUGAGGAAAACUUCACAAACGAUGGGAUGACCUAGGCAUGCGCUGCGAAUUUGAUGUUCUAAAUCUCGGAAUAUCCAAGUUGUUUUACUCCCCGAUCUUAUUAUUCCAGUUAUACCACUAUGAUUUUCCUGAGUAUGUCAUCAAGAGGAAAAUGUCCAUGUGAAUUCGUAACCUGAACUCGAAGAAUCUGUUGUAUUUAACUGUAACCAGUUUGAUUCUUUUAUUUUGUCGAGAAAUUUAUACCAUUACACAUGAAAUGGUUAGCCAAAAUGAUCAUACUAGUAGAAGGGGAGAGUGAUUACUGAAUAGAAUAAAGUUCUUAAGAUUCUACCACCUUGUUUACACUUAUUUUGGUUUUGACGGUUAAAUUAGUGUAAAGUGGGUCAUAUAAAUAUCUUGUAGUCGGAUAUUGUUUGAAAAAGUUAGAUAUUGUAGUGACUGGACCGGCAAAACCAGUAAACAGGGGAGCGUUUCAUGAAAGGACUUGUCGGACGUUUUAUCCGACAUGUCCCAUUUUAUCCGACAGUCGCCAU